UUGAUAGCAAACGGACGCGCUUAGCAAAGAUUCGGCCGACGGACGAGUGUGCGCCGUUACAACAAGUUUGUGAACAAAUCCAGUCGCGCUGGAUUUUACUAUCGGGCGUAAAUUUGGAUCAAGUAGUCUUGACCUGCACCCAAAUAUAAUAGACCACCCCGUUUACAUACGGAUCUUUCGCCUAAAACCGUCACCAUUGUGCGUGGGAAGAAGUGUAGUGAAGUUCUGUGCGACUUACUCCUCCGAUACGUUUUCAGUAGUGUCAGUCGGUAGCGGUUGUGUAACACGGAGAAAUUCUAUCAACUAUCGAAACGAAAGUAGGUGAACUACUCUGAAAAGUGACUGCAAUUGAUCACCGGGUACCCGUGCUCUACCCACGUAAGAAUUUUCAAUCAGCACAGACCCAAACAAAAACAGUGCUUUAAAACCAGUGUUACGACUCCUGCCUGUUUGUAGCGGCUGGUAGCACGACGAGACACAUUCAAUUAUUAUUCCAGUAUUAAUUAAGUGAUAGGCUGAAGAAAAAAAUGAAAGCUAUUUAAUGAAGGCGCCAACCACAAUAAUGGGAAACAAAUUAAAAAAACACGUUUUCCAAUGUUUAUCAAAAUGAGCUAGUGACAAGUAGUUUUCGACAGAGGAAAGCUUGAAAUAGUAGAACAAAAUGUGGUUCUAUCAGAUGUCACUGGACAUCCUUCUCAUACUGCUUUUGUUGAUGUGCCAAGAAAACAAAGUUCAUCGCUGGAAAGUGAACGCCCAAAUCAGUGCCUUCAGGCCGACCGUUUUCGACAACACAGAAUGGCGGCGAUUUUUCCAUCUAUACCGAAAUCUUACAAUGGUGAUGGCCGGUCGGACCGGCUUGAAGACUCGGGGACACUUUCUGCAAAAAGCAGUACCGGAGUAUGUUCCUUUUCCGUGUGUCACCACCCUCGGUCGAAGUAGGGAACCGCCUGUUAGUGUGCACAAACUUAGGCCAGGAGACAUCAAUGUGGUCGCCGCAAUCGGGGACUCAGUUAUCACUGCCAGUGGGGCUUCCGCGACAAGCUUCCUGGAGUUGUAUACAGAGAACCGGGGUUUGUCCUGGUGCAUCGGUGGCCAGUGGAACUGGCGAAAUGCCACCACACUUCCUAAUAUUUUAAAAGUCUUUAAUCCUAAGUUGGUAGGUUAUUCGUACCGCGAUUCCUAUAGUUUCCACUGGGAUUCGCAGUUCAACAAUGCCGAAAUCGGUGCCAUCUCGAAAGAGCUUCCGCACAUGGCCCGCCAGAUGGUGACGCGGAUCAAAACGGACCGGCGGGUGGACUUCAAGAGGGACUGGAAGGUACUCACCAUCACCAUCGGAGGAAAUGACAUUUGUGCGUACGUGUGCACGAUGAAAAAUCCCGAAUCACUCCCGAUGCGGCAUCGUCGGAAUUUGCUGAAUACCCUUCGCUAUCUGCGAGAUAAUCUUCCACGAACCUUCGUCAAUCUGGUUUCCGUGCCGGACGUGGAAAACGUGGUGUCACUUCCGGGAAAGCCUACCAUCUGUUGGAUACUGCAUCAUGCCGAAUGUCCCUGCUGGGUCGGUCCAAUUCAUAACUCCACGGAAACCUCUCGAGCGAGAUGGGCUCGCAUACAAAGACAAUACAAAAAAGUAGAAGAAGAAGUACCCCAGUUGGACGAGUUCCGAGGUUUGGAUGAAUUUGCGGUGGUUCACCAACCUUGGACGAAGCGGCUCUCGCUAACAAACCAUAAAGGAGUAGAUUACACAUUGCUCUCCUAUGACUGCUUUCACAUGAGUCAGAAAGGACACGCACGAGCAGCGGCCGCUCUUUGGAACAACAUGCUAGAACCGCCAGGAAAAAAAAGAAUAAGCUGGAAUCCUCCGUUUGAAAACUUUCGCUGUCCAACGAGAGAGAAUCCCUACAUUUACACCAACGAUAACAGCUGAAAUUUUGUUCGGUUUCGAAUCAUAAAGUGCAUACAGCGUACAGAAAUAAAACGAAUCAAUCACCAUUUGUUGGACGGCAAGUGUAACAAUUAUGCAACGACAGAGCGGUAAUACAAAACAGUCUACAAUAAAAUUACAGUACUAAA